AUGAAGCUAAAGGAGAUUGAUCGUACUGCCAUGCAGGCAUGGAGCCCUGCCCAGCAGCACCCCAUCUACCUGGCCACAGGUACAUCAGCUCAGCAGCUGGAUGCAACCUUCAGUACAAGUGCUUCUCUAGAAAUAUUCGAGUUGGAUUUAUCAGACCCUUCACUGGAUAUGAAAUCCUGCGCCACCUUCUCCUCCUCUCACAGGUACCACAAGCUGAUCUGGGGGCCACACAGCAUGACCUCGGGUGAAAGAGUCUCUGGAGUCCUGAUUGCUGGGGGUGAAAAUGGAAAUGUCAUUCUGUAUGACCCAGCCAAAAUCAUAGCUGGAGACGCUGAAGUAAUAAUUGCCCAGAAAGACAAGCACACGGGGCCAGUAAGAGCGCUCGAUGUCAACAUGUUCCAGACUAAUCUGGUGGCCUCUGGUGCUAAUGAGUCUGAAAUCUACAUCUGGGACUUGAACAAUUUUGCCACUCCAAUGACACCAGGAGUGAAGACGCAGCCUCUCGAGGACAUCAGCUGCAUCGCAUGGAACAGGCAAGUCCAGCACAUCCUGGCGUCCGCCAGCCCCAGCGGCCGAGCUACCGUGUGGGAUCUCAGGAAGAACGAACCCAUCAUCAAAGUCAGUGACCACAAUAACCGGAUGCACUGCUCAGGCCUGGCAUGGCACCCUGAUGUCGCUACCCAGAUGGUUUUGGCCUCAGAGGAUGACAGGUUGCCUGUGAUUCAGAUGUGGGACCUAAGAUUUGCCUCCUCACCACUUCGUGUUCUAGAAAGCCAUGCAAGGGGUAUCUUGGCCAUUGCUUGGAGUAUGGCGGAUUCAGAGCUGCUCCUCAGCUGUGGGAAGGAUGCUAAAAUUCUCUGCUCUAACCCUAACACGGGCGAGGUGCUGUAUGAGUUGCCCACAAACACACAGUGGUGCUUUGAUAUCCAGUGGUGUCCCAGGAACCCUGCUGUCUUGUCUGCGGCUUCGUUCGAUGGGCGCAUCAGUGUUUACUCCAUCAUGGGAGGCAGCACGGAUGGCUUGAGGCAGAAGCAAGUUGACCAGCUUUCAUCAUCUUUUGGGAACCUCGAUCCGUUUGGUACAGGACAGCCCCUCCCACCCCUGCAGCUUCCCCAGCAGACCACCCCACAGAGUGUCGUUUUGCCUCUGAAGAAACCACCCAAAUGGAUCCGACGACCUGUGGGAGCAUCGUUCUCGUUUGGAGGCAAGCUGGUGACAUUUGAGAAUGCCAAGCCUCAGCAGCAGCCAGGCAUUGAGCAGCAGCAGCAGCAUCACCAUGUCUACGUGAGCCAAGUUGUUACAGAGAAGGAGUUCCUGGCCCGCUCAAACCAGCUGCAGGAGGCUGUGCAGUCUGAAGGAUUUGUCAGCUACUGCCAGAAGAAAAUUGACAUGGCCCAGGCUGACUUUGAGAAAAACGUGUGGGCUUUCUUAAAGGUGAACUUCGAAGAAGAUUCACGUGUUAAAUACCUUGAGCUCUUGGGAUACAGGAAAGAUGAUCUGAGGAAGAAGAUGGCAUCUGCUCUGAAUAAAGAGGGCCUUGCAGAUGGUGACUUGGGAGAGGCUCCCACAGAAUCUGAUGAGUCUGUGCCGAACGAGGGGGACGAAGGCCAGGCUACAGAGGAGCAGUUAUUGGGAGAGAGGGUGAAGGACCAUGAACAAGAAACUGAAGAUUUGGGAUCUGCAAAGACAACAUUUAACAUCUCUGUUAGUGGAGAUGUGGAUGGGUUGAUUACCCAGGCUCUGCUGACGGGUAACUUUGAGAGCGCAGUAGAUCUCUGCCUGCACGAUAACCGCAUGGCUGACGCCAUUAUCUUGGCCAUCGCAGGCGGACAAGAGCUGCUUUCUAGGACACAGGAGAAGUACUUUGCUAAGAUGCAGAGCAAAAUUACCAGGCUCAUCACUGCAGUAGUAACAAAGAACUGGAAAGAGAUUGUGCAGUCUUGUGAUCUGCAGAAUUGGAGAGAGGCUUUGGCUGCUGUCCUCACUUACGCCAGGCCAGAUGAGUUUGCAGCCCUUUGCGAUCUCUUGGGUAACAGACUGGAGAGUGAGGGGGACAGCCUUCUGCAGACACAAGCUUGUCUCUGUUACAUUUGUGCUGGCAAUGUGGAAAAACUUGUUGCUUGUUGGACCAAAGCUCAGGAUGGAAACAACCCCUUGUCCCUUCAGUUGGUAAUUGUAUUAAGAAAGAUGGUGGAAGGUAACACACUGCAAUCACUUGGUGCUUAA